GGAGUUAUGGGCAGCGCUUUUAGGAAUGGGUCCGAAACAUAUUUAGUUAGUCAAGACAGUUACGGAGAAGAGUUGAAAACACCUGAUGAUCUCUUGGACAAUCCGCUCCAUAUCUCAUUUAAGUGUUGAAAGAUAAUCUACCUCGAAUCUUGAUUUUUGUUGAGUUUUGUGUUAUUUCUCUGAAGCCUCUCCAGUUGUAAAUCUCAUAUUGUUCAUUUUUAUAGAAAUACUUAUAAAUAACGUAACUAGGUGAUAAGGAAACAUUGCACUAUAUUUUGGAUUGUUUCUAUUCUACUAUUUUGCACUAAAAUAUUGGUGAAGAUGCACACCACGCAGAAGGACACGACCUACACAAAGAUUUUUGUCGGGGGUCUUCCGUAUCACACCACGGAUUCCAGUCUCAGGAAAUAUUUUGAAGUGUUCGGAGAAAUUGAAGAAGCUGUCGUGAUUACCGAUCGACAGACCGGCAAAUCCAGGGGGUAUGGAUUUGUGACGAUGGCUGACCGCUCGGCUGCAGACAGGGCCUGUAAAGAUCCCAACCCCAUCAUCGAUGGUAGGAAAGCCAACGUCAAUCUGGCGUACCUGGGGGCCAAGCCACGGGUGAUGCAGCCAGGUUUCACCUUUGGUGUUCCACAAAUUCAUCCUGCCUUUAUCCAAAGGCCUUAUGGGAUCCCUGCUCACUAUGUGUACCCUCAGGCCUUCAUGCAGCCAAGCACCAUGGUUAUCCCUCACGGCAUGCAGCCCAGUGCUGCUUCUGCCUCCACCGCCUCCUCUCCGUACAUCGACUACACCGGAGCAGCCUACGCACAGUACUCCGCCGCCGCGGCUAGCGCUGCUGCCGCCGCAGCCUACGAGCAGUAUCCCUACGCCGCCUCCCCUGCGGCGGCCGGGUACCUAACCGCAGCCGGUUAUGGCUAUGUUCAGCAGCCCCUGGCUACGGCCGCACCGGGUUCAGCCGUGGCUGCAGCCGCAGCUUUCGGUCAGUACCAGCCUCAGCAGCUGCAAGCAGACCGCAUGCAAUAGCAGCCACUGCAGCCAUUGGACACAACGGGAUGGGAGGCCCGCGGCCGGCCUCGGCUGAUUGGCUGUGAAGAGGAGAGGACGAUGAAGAGGAAGAGAGAGGGGCCGUGUCGGUAAGAGGGUGAUGAUGAUGGUGAGGUGGGAACUCCAUACAGUAGCUUUCCAACUUGCUGUGUUUAAACCAAAAACUUUAUAAAUUCACAAAACUAAGUAAGGAAGGUGGAUUUAUCCUUAUGAUUAUUAUUGUUGUUAUUAAUAUAAUUAUUACUAUCAUUAUAAUUGUAGUAGAGUAUUUAUUUCUAGAGGAGAAAUACAACAACUAAUCACAGUGGUUGUAGCUUGGUGUAAAACAUGACUUUAUGUUCCAUUGCUGUCAUUAACAUAGGAGAGAGAGAGCGUUCUCUUUAUGGGACACUUAGACGUGUCCCGAAGUGCCCUUGCAACCUAUAUUUACUAUCACAUUUCGAGGGCUCUUGUCCUUCUGUCUUUUCAAGUGCAUUGAAGUAAAUUGUCUGAUAAUCAGGGAAAUGUAUCAGUUUCCAGUGUGUUAGUAAAGACAACCUCUGCAUGUCAGGGAGUAGUUGAAAUAACUGUGGAGAAAAGGAGAAGAUUUGUAGCUCGUGUCACACGUUAAGAACUACCUUUUUAACUUCCUGAUGCUGAAUGUCCCUUUUUUGACUCUGUAUCUUGACCUCUUGACCUAUGCAAAGCAAACAAUUUACCAGGAGACAAAAAAACUGCAGGAAUAACCGAAAAUGCCGUCAACUCUUCAAAGGGCAUCACAAACAAUAUGAAGGCAACUCGCAGAGAGAGAAAGAAAAGCAUGUUUUCAGACAAUGAGAAGCACCAAAUCAGUUAGUCUCAAACACAUGGCUGCAUGCAAACACACGCACACACACACACGCAUACACAGUUGCGUACAUAGUGGUAAAGGUCAAUGGGCCCAGUCGUGCUCUCUGCCUCUGUGCAAUGGGAUCUAGUCAGAGAGAAAGGGAGAGGGAGAGAGAGAGGGAGCAGCUGGGGAGGGGGCUGGCACAGUUCGCCCAGCGCCACACAGACGGAUCACUCUGGAAAUAACGCAUCACUUGUCCUCAUUUGUUGAGCUGUCACAUUUUAAUCCCGGGGCCCAUUUGGGAACUGUCUCUCCUCUGUCCUGCCUGCCUGGCCCUGUCAGCACUUCCACCUCUGUCCUCUAUCCUCUGUCCUCUGUCCUAGAGCCGACCGGCUGGGCUGGUGUCAGGUACACGAACACUUCCCUCCUAUGCUAACCCUCACCAACCCCCUGGCCCUGUACCCACUCCUCACAGCCUCACCAACCCCCUGACCCUGUACCCACUCCUCACAGCCUCACCAAUCCCCUGGCCCUGUACCCACUCCUCACAGCCUCACCAAUCCCCUGGCCCUGUACCCACUCCUCACAGCGUCACCAAUCCCCUGGCCCUGUACCCACUCCUCACAGCCUCACCAAUCCCCUGGCCCUGUACCCACUCCUCACAGCCUCACCAAUCCCCUGGCCCUGUACCCACUCCUCACAGCGUCACCAAUCCCCUGGCCCUGUACCCUGGCCCUGUACCCACUCCUCACAGCCUCACCAACCCCCUGGCCCUGUACCCACUCCUCACAGCGUCACCAAUCCCCUGGCCCUGUACCCUGGCCCUGUACCCACUCCUCAUAGCCUCACCAAUCCCCUGGCCCUGUACCCUGGCCCUGUACCCACUCCUCACAGCGUCACCAAUCCCCUGGCCCUGUACCCUGGCCCUGUACCCACUCCUCACAGCCUCACCAACCCCCUGGCCCUGUACCCACUCCUCACAGCGUCACCAAUCCCCUGGCCCUGUACCCUGGGGUGGUGAUGGGGGAUGUAGAGAAGGGGGGGGGGGGUGUGCCUUACAUUUGUAUUGCUAUUUAAGAGAGUAAGAAAGGUGAUCUACUAUUUAAGAUAUUUAUUUUGAGAUUGGACUAUGUUCUAUGUGCUCUAAUGACAGAGAAUUAGUGGUGGUACUGUAUUCAUUUUAUUAUGUAUUCAUCUCAAGGUAUAUAAGUUAUUGAGUAGAUUUAGUUGUAUUAUAAUUAUUAUUAACAUACUCAACCAAAAAUGUUAAUGUAGGAUUUAUAUAAGAUACAAUUCUGUAUGUGCACUGUACAAUUAUACUUUUUGCCUUUUGAAAUCUUAGAAUAAAUAUUGGUUAGUUGAA